GAAUGUUGUUAUUGUUGUCAUGGGGUGCUUCAACUUGACCGCGGGAAGAUGCAACGCGGCUCUAUUAAUGCUAUCAUUCUUAGCGUGCUUUCAGUCUAGACUUAUGAGUCUAGUGACAUUACGCAGUUUACGUGCGAUUAACUGCUAUUUUAAAUUCUAAACAUCGCGUUUCAUUUACUGUGCCUCUCGAUGACGCAAAGGCGAACAAAAAACUUGCAUGUGCUGGACUGCAGCCUGUGAACAGGCCCAUGUAAACAGGAAGGGGUGAAGCCGCUGAGUGGGAGGGAGAAAAUCCAAAAGAAACAGCGCAUUUGCAGCUUCUUUUGUGGAAUAAAGUCAAUCAGCAACUAGACUAAUGUGCCUUUGACAGUUUUUCUCUCCAUAACCAUAUGUAAUCGAAGAGGAAAUACGUUAGUGUUAACCGUGCUUGAAAAAUCCAAGCUGAACAAGUAUUACACUCGUAGUUUCACUACCACGCUUAGCCUACACUUGGUUUAUAAUAUUUAUUUUCCGGUUUCAGAUAUUAGAAAACCGAAAUGAAAUUGCGUCGGGUAGAUUAUAAAGAAAUAGCCAAAUUUAUAGAGCACCUCAGACCAACAAGACAGUGCAUGAAGAUUUUAAAGGAAAAGUUUCCCAGUCAAUCGCAGUCCACUCUGUUGAGCAUCUUCUCCCUGGAGUACCAGAAACGUAUUAAAAGGAACCAUGCAAAACAUCACUCUGCUGAAGCUAUUGAAUACUACUAUCAAAGGUAUCUGAAUGAGAUGAAGCUCAAUCAGGCUGCUCCUGUCCUUUUGGAGUUAGCCAAUGAGGUGGACCUUGCCCCAUCACUUAUGGCUCGCAUCAUCUUAGAGAGGCAUUAUCAAGAGCUGAAUGGUAUACCAUCACCUAAAUCUGUCCUAAACAGUAUGCUACGAGAUCCUACUUUAAUCGCUGACAGACAUCUUUCUGACCAGGUGUAUCAGUGCACAGUGAAUGACUGCUGUUACGGGCCAUUGGUAGACUGCAUCAAACACGCCAUUGGACAGGAACAUGAAAUUCUGCUGCGAGAUAUGCUUAAAGAAAGAAAUCUGUCCUUUUUAGAUGAAAACCAGCUGCGUGUUAAAGGUUAUGACAAAACACCUGAUAUCAUACUGGAGGUCCCAAUUGUUGUGGAAGGACAUGUAAUUCACUGGAUUGAAAGCAAGGCUUCCUUUGGAGAUGAGUACAGUCAUCGAUCUUAUCUUCAAGACCAAUUUUGGAGUUAUUGGAAUAGGUUUGGGCCUGGACUAGUUAUCUACUGGUAUGGAUUUAUUGAAGAGCUUGAUUGUCAUCGUGAACGUGGCAUUCUGCUGAAGGACUGCUUCCCUUCAGACAUCGUAACGUUAUGCCAUAGUGCAGCCCCGAGUCAACUCUGAAAGAAAAGGGAGGAUGAAUCCGGAAGCAAUGUUGCUUUCCUGCAGUGCAAACUACUGGCAAGCAUCUGCCCUGAACUCCAGAUGAACUCCUGCUGUCUGGACUUCUGCUAAUAGCCGCGCUCGGAGUUUCUGCUUAACCUCAGUGCCAUGCUUGUGUAAAUGGCCAAAAACCGACAGACACGUCCCAUUCGUUAUCGCCAAUUCUGUCUCUGUCUAGUGGAGUAAAAGAUAGUAGUAAGCAUUUUUACUUCCCUCAUGCCAGACGAAUUGUAAGAUUGAUCUUUAAAGUACAAUGGAUUAUUAUUUUUGUAGCCCUUUGCUGUUGUAAGCAAUAAUGGCGUCUCAUUGUUUCUUGUAAGCAAAGCAUUUUAUACUUCAACUGUACUAUCAACCUUUUUUGCUUUUUUGUCCUGUUCGAGGUAUAAAGUGCUGUUGUUGUUAUCAUCACGGAGAUAAUACUCACAAAUAA